CCAUUGCUAGUUCAGUGUUCUGCUGGAAAUCGCAAUUAUAUUGGGUUUAAACCAGAUAUCCGCUGUAGUGCUCUAAUGUGAUAUAUUGGUUUAUAGGCCAGUAACAAUGUAUUAACAGACAAGUAAAUUAUGUAAAUCAGUGGCUAGUCACAGAACUUGGAUUUAGUCAGGUCAGAGUGGUGAGCACGGUGAAGUGAUGUAUGCAAGCUUAAUCGCGGUGCGAUGUCUUUUCGACUAGAGUCAUGCUUACGUGUAAAUAUAAAUUUAAGUAUGCCUAUUACAUUUUAAAUUAGCAAGUGAAGUAGCUACUUACCUGGUGUGAUUGAAAUGGUUAGUAAAUCAUCAGGUGAUUAUUCAUUUAGGAAACUCACUGCAAAUAAUAUUUAGUCAGUUCCAGUAUAAAUGGUCUGGAAAUCUACUUUCACGGAUUCAGAGCGUCCAGUCUCCGUAAUAUCCUAGCCCAUAUGGAAGGACCUGCGUGUCAAAUUUUGAAAGGACUUGAACAUAAUGUCGUUAAAGAUGCUCCACCUUCUGUUUAUUAUUUUCCGGAUUACAUAACAGAGGCGGAAGAGGCAUAUCUUUUGCAACAGGUAUACAAGGCCCCAAAGACCAAAUGGACUCAACUGAAAGGCAGGCGGCUCCAGAACUGGGGUGGGCUACCCCAUCCAAAAGGUAUGCUUGCAGAGAAGUUGCCUGAAUGGCUACAGAAGUAUGCUGAGAAAAUCUCUGCCCUUGGCGUAUUUGCUGGAAAAACUGCCAAUCAUGUCCUAGUGAAUGAAUAUAAUCCAGGACAGGGUAUAAUGCCACACGAGGAUGGGCCACUCUACUACCCCACAGUUUCCACAAUCAGCCUUGGGUCUCACGCUGUCCUCGACUUCUAUCAUCCCAUCGACAGCACCCAGACGGAUGCCCUACAAACUGAACAAAGCCGUUACCUUGUCUCCCUGCUGGUGCAGCCACGGAGCUUGCUGGUCCUCCAGAAUGAAAUGUAUGAGCACUUUCUGCACGGCAUCCAGGGAGUUUCCCAGGACACUCUAACAGACAGGGUGGCCAACCUGUCUGCCGCUUGUGCUCGUGCUGGAGACUGCCUGACCCGGGACACCCGGGUGUCCCUCACUAUACGCCAUGUCCCCAAAAUUCUUAGAGCCAGCUUACUGCUGGGGAAGAAGUGAUGGGAUGACUAAGCAAGAGAAAAGGGAACCUGUUGAGAAUUCUGGCCAGAAUAUCUUGGCCUUCUUCAGUUCUGUAUGCCUGCAGCAUCCUUUUAUAAUUGUCCUUCCAUCAGACUUUGCAACAAUUUAUUUCAGGCCAAACACCCACAGAUUAUGGUUCCUCUAAAUCAUUGUGGAACCUUUGUACCACAAAUAUUGAUGGUUCAUCCACAGUAACAACUACCUUGUCAUAAUGUUAAAUGGUUAAUUCUAUCAGGAAUAUAACCACAGAAAAAGACAAGUAGAUGGUUUGGUUUGGUCAUGGUUUUUGCAGGAAGGAGCACUUACCUAUAUACUAUACAUACUGUUCCUGCUCAUUGGUUCUGCAUAUAAUAUUUAUAAGCAGACAUUCAUUAUGCUGUUCGUUUGUUUAACUUGACAGCUAACAGAAACACUUUUUUUUUUUCACCAGUUGUUAAUAAAGUCUGAUUUAAUUAUUUUUCAAA